AUGCUUUCACGUCCUCAAUGUCUCGCAUUGGUGUCUAUCCGACCGACUGGUUCUUCUUUCCUACCUACUCGUCUGACCAUUGCCUCACGGCCAUAUUCAAUCAAGCUCGUUGAGGGUCUUCAUUUGUUUCGUAAAAAUCGGAGUAUGUCAUCUAUGUUUGCUUCUUCGAAGCGACUUCUUUCGACUGAGUUUGUCGGGCCGGCUACUCUGCGGGCCUGCUGGCGAUCCGUCUACCUACCUGCCGAAGACAUAGAAGAAUUGGCUCUAUCUGACCCUGGCCGAUCGUCCUUGCUAUUCCGUCUACUUGACCUGAUUGAUCAGGAGGCCCUUACCACUCUCAUGCUCAAUAAGGCUUAUUCUUCGGCCCACUCUGGCUCUCAUGUGGAUACUUCUGAUGAAAAAAAUUUUCCUAUCAAUUCUGGCCUGACUGGAACUGAAGAUGGUACUGCCACUGAUACAGUCGGUAACAAAGCGUCUGCUACACGAUUGGACAGACUUAUUGUAGAGCCUUUAUUAGACCUCGAAUUGUGUCUUUCUACCAUCAUCAGUUUGCUCGACGUUGCUUCAAGUCCAAACCUCUCAGGUUAUUAUACCAUAACCUCUGAUGGCUUUCGUAUUAUUAUCAGAGUGUUUAGUAUUGUAAUACUACUUCUUGGCUAUAAUUAUGAAGAUGGGCAUGAUUAUUCCCAUCUUCACUAUUCAUUUCAUCUGCUCCGACUCUAA